UCCUCUUAGGACUGCGCCGGUUACCGCCAUCCGCGUCGGAGAGGAAGGCAUGGCUCCGGGCUUCCCAUGGCCUGGUUGCAUGAACCGGUGGCUUUUGAAGAUGUGAGCAUGGGUUUUGACCCGGAGGAGUGGGAACUGCUGGAUCCUGAGCAGAAGUCCCUGUACAGACAGGUGGUGCUGGAGAACUACAGGAACCUGGCCUCCGUGGAAUAUCAGCUUUCUAAGCCAGAGGUGGUGUCUCGGUUAGAGGAGGAGGAAGAGCUCUGGUCGGUGGAGAGAGGAAUUCCUCAAGACACCUUUUCAGGGCGUCCUGAGGCUCCGCGGGACCCUCCGCGGGACCCCCUUCCCGCCGCGGCGCCGCCGAUGCAGAUCGAGGUGGUGGAGGUGCUCUCCCUGAACGAGGAGGCGGCGCGCUCCCGGAACGCCCGCAUCUGGGCCCUCUACGCCGGAGACGGAGAUGGAGACGGAGACGACGGCCUGAGCCCCGAGGGCCUCGGGGAGCCCCUGCCGCUGCCCGGCAGCCACCCCGCCGACCCCGAGGCCGCCCGACAGCGCUUCCGGGGCUUCCGCUUUGAGGAGGUGGCGGGGCCCCGAGAAGCCCAGGCCCAGCUCCGCGAGCUGUGCCGCCAGUGGCUGCGGCCCGAGUUGCACUCCAAGGAGCAGAUGCUGGAGGCGCUGGUGCUGGAGCAGUUCCUGGGCGCGCUGCCCGCCCAGCUCCGGGUGUGGGUGGAGUCUCAGCACCCGCAGGACAGCCAGCAGGCGGUGGCCCUGGUGGAGGAUGUGACCCGGGCAUCCGAGGAGAAAGAUCUGCCUGCCCCGGGCCCCACCUGCCCUCCGGAGACCCCAGCUCAGCAGGAGGAGAAGGAGAAGGAGACGACCUGCCCAGCGGAGGUCCUGCCGGAGGCUCUGUCCCCUUCGAGGGCUCCUGACCCUCCUGCUGAGCAGCACACUGUGGCCUUGCAGGAGCCAGUGACCUUCCUGGACGUGGCCGUGGACUUCAACAGGGACGAGUGGGAGCUGCUGGACCCCACGCAGAGGACCGAGUACCAUGACGUGAUGCUGGAGACCUUCCGACACCUGGUCUCCGUGGGCUGGGAGACUACAGUGGAAGGGGAGCAGUUACCCCCAAAGUCAGCUGUUCCUGCGGCAGAACCAGCCCCCGACCUGAAAGUGGAAGAGCUCUCGGGGGCCGAGGCCCAACCCUCUACCUCAGCGGAGGCCCCGCAGGGGGCGGCCCUGGAAGUUGGGGACAUGGCAUUGCCGCCCGAGGGUCUGGCCCAGGAGAAAGCCCUCUCUGAGAAGCAGCACCAUGAAAGCCCCAAGUCCCCCGCAGACAGGGGUCUCGCCACAAGCCGCGCCUCCCUCCGGAAAACUCUGCCCCGGAAAAGCUUGCGCAGGCAUAGCUCACGCAUCAGAAAGGCAGCGCGUGAUUCCCAGGUGAAAACCCAGCAGAGCCGCCAAGGGGGCAGAGCCCGGGAAACCAGGAGCACCCCGCAGGUCACGUUCAUACGGAUCCACAAGGGGAGCCAGGUGUUCCGCUGCAGCGCGUGCAGCAAACUGUUCCGGAACCCCAGGUACUUCUCCGUGCACAGAAAAAUCCACACGGGAGAGAAGCCCUACGUGUGCGGGUUCUGCGGGAAGGCCUUCAUCCAGAGCUCCUCCCUCACGCAGCACCAGAGGAUUCAUACUGGAGAGAGGCCGUUCCAGUGUCGAGAGUGUGGGCGGACCUUCAAUGACCGCUCGGCCAUCUCCCAGCACCUGAGGACUCACACCGGAGCCAGGCCCUACCUGUGCAAGUUCUGCAACAAGACUUUCCGCCAGAGCUCCCACCUCAUCCGCCACCAGAGGAUCCACACUGGGGAGCGCCCCUACGUCUGCGACAGAUGCGGGAAGGCCUUCACCCAGAGCUCACACCUCAUCGGGCACCAGAAGACGCACAGUGGGGCUAAACGCAAGAAGAGACACCGAUCUAGCGCUAACGCCAGUUGAUGAGACGCUGCCUUCUCAGCCCAGUCCUGCACCAGAACCCGAGUGGUGUGGUGGGACUCGGGCCUGACCCCAAAGCACUGAGUGACGGUGUUCUCAAGACCAAAGGACCGCCAGGGGCCCGUCCUGCACACACAGGUGACGUGGGCAUCGUCGAUAAUGAAUGUGACGGCUGGAAAACAGAUCUAGUUUUUUACUCAAUGGAUUUGCAGUUAUGAUUUGGUCAUUAUAUUACUGAAAGCUAAGUGCUUACAAUGAAGUGGGUGCACUGAUAUUUGUAGUAAAGUAUUUAUGUGUAUGAACAAGGACUAAGAGAGAAGAUGGAUAAGUAAACUAUAUUUCUGUGGUAGAA